GUUAAUUCUUCUCGUUGCACGUCGAAGCUUCUCGUCACCACUGCAAACAAAAGAAGCUUUCGCAGAUCUCAACCUUGAUCUUAUGGAGUAGAGACCAUCGAUCGAUCGUGUGAAAAUGUGCGCCAAAUCGACUGCGAGGAAUGCAUUGGAGGAACUUCGUGCGAUAAAAGAGGAGGGCGAGCCACCACGUCAACAACUGGAAGAUGAUGAACAAGAUGUUGGUAAAGAUCUUCAUUUUAACCAGCAGGAAUCAGAGCCACCUCACGUUGAAGAACAGCCCCCUUACAUUAAAGAGGAAGAGCAGGAAGCUGACAUCACCGACUUUCCAUUAACUGUCAUUGUGAAGAGUGAAGACGAAAAAAGUGACGAAGAUCACCGCGGAGGGUCCCGGUCUGAGAUUUUUUCAGCACCGCUCUCCAAUAGCGGUAUCGUCACAUCGCACACUCCUGUAGCCGACGAUGACGACAAAGACAACGAUGAUGAACACUCAAAGUGUGACACAGAACGUGUGAAAUGUUGUCAGUGUGACAAAACCUUUUACAAUAAGUCAACGUUGACAAGGCACGCGAGAACGCACACCGGAGAAAAACCUUUUGCCUGCUCACUUUGCGGCAAAGGGUUUUCCAUCAAGACCAAUUUAACAAGACACGCGAGAAGACACGACGGGGAGAAACCUUUUGUCUGCUCCGUUUGCGGUGUCAAGAAAGAUCGACUACGCAAUAUUGCAAAGUACUGGAAAAAUAACGGAAUGCCAAUGCCAGAACGACGUGGAGGAGUACAAAGCAAAGAGGAGGCCACGACGCAAGGCAUCAGUGAAAAUCUCGAUUCUGAGCGGCAAGAGUGUCCUGGCGUCAAAAUAGAAGUGGCGCUCCUCCGAAUCAAAGAGGAGGAGCCAGAACCCCCUGAGCAACAAACGACAGAGGAGCAACUUUACAUAAAAAAGGAGGAGGAGCCGCUGGAUAUUAAAGAGGAGGAAGAGGAGAAGCACAUUACCAAGUUGAGUUCUGACCCAUUGAAGAGUGAAGAUGAAAGUCCGAGUGAGGUGAGCGGAGGGGCGGCGCCUCUGAGCACUAGCAGCAGCUCAACAGAAGGAUCACAAGCAUACGGCCUGAUAGCGCCGCUAUCAGAGAGCGACGACGCCACGUCACACUCAUCUGACACUGAUGAAGAUGAUAAUGAAAGGACUGGAGGUCAUCAGGCCGUUUACAACAAACGUUGGAAAUGCUCUCACUGUGGGAAAAACUAUCGUAACAAGUCUAAUUUGAAGAGGCAUUUGAUGAACCACACCGGCGAGAAACCUUUCACGUGCUCAUUUUGCGGUCAAGGAUUUUUUCAGAACAGAAACUUGGUCAUCCACACCCGAAAACACACUGGAGAGAAACCGUUCUCCUGCUCCGUUUGCGGUCAACAAUUCUCAACAAAUACGUACUUAAAAAUACACUCGCGAACCCACACCGGCGAGAGACCUUACGGCUGCUCAGUUUGCGGGCAAAGAUUCGCGCGGAAGGGAACUUUGAGUAGCCACGUCAGAACGCACACUGGAGAGAAACCUUUCUCCUGCUCAGUUUGUAGGCAGCGCUUCUCUGAGAAGGGAACCUUAAGGAGUCACGCGAGAACCCACACCGGGGAGAAACCUUUCUAUUGUGCACGUUGCGGCAAAAGCUUUUCGUGGAGGAACCAGGUUAAGAGACACCGGUGUGUUGCUCCCAAAAGCAGCAACCGGUGAUGAUAUUUGCCUUCACUGAACAUUAUCACCACUGAACAUGGUGCAGUACUUGAGACACUUUAUGAAAUGGACCUGCUGGUUGAUGCGAUGCAAUUGAAUGAUGCUUGACACGAUAAGGAAAAAAGGCUUGUGUUGAAUUGAAUCUUCAACCAAACUUCACUAUCGCUUCUUCAUUUCAAGGGAGGAAACAUUCACGAUUUGCAUUAGUAAGUCCUGUCUAAUAAUUAAUAUUGUCUUACAGAAAUAGACCAAUAUAUCGGCCGGCCGAUAUAUCGGGCUGAUAUUUGGAAAUUUGACAUAUAUCGGUAUCAGUAUUUUUUUUUUUUAAAUCCAACCGGCCAAUAUGAAAAAGUCGAUUUAAAACUAGGGAUAAGGACUAGGGAUCGCACCAUUUUUAAUUAAAAAAAAUGUUUUUCUGCUUCAUGCUCGUACAGCCUCACUCUCCCUCCCGUUGCUUUUCUUGGUCAGCAAUGCACUGCAAGUUUUGCUUGUUAAAGUUAAUGAUUAUUGACAGGGGUUGAAGCUUUGAUCUUGCCAGAGAAGCUUGGCAGCGCUACCUUCAAAGAUGCCGAAUGUGUCAAUCAUCGUUUAACUUGUUAAAUACCAGUGUGCUGUGGAAACUCAUUGUGUGUGUGCGCGGCUGUUCUCAGUAGUGAGUGGAUUCACUCAAUGAAGCGUUUCAUAAAGAAAAGCAUUUUUCUGCAUUGUUCUUGUUUAAAAAUAAUUUGCAAUAUGACGGCGGCACGGUGGGACAGUAACAUGUUUAAAACUUUUUUGGGGGGAGGACAACACUUUUUUUUUUUUUCUGGAGCGCAAUUUAUUUAACCUUUUAUUCAACUUUUUAAGAGAGGUUUCCGAGUCGAGGAAAUUUAGGCACUUCUGGAGCUAAUAUGUUUUUAUGUGUGUGAUUCAAUAAAUGUUCUUUUCAAUGCAGUUCAGUGUUUGCAUUAUCUAUUUUUUAACGCUGAUUUUGACGCCUGUACUGCGAAUGAACAUCGCCUAGCAAGACAGUGAGCUAAGCUCUGAAAUGACGAUGUCAGACGUCCGUGUUGUUUGCUGACGCUAUUCAGCUGCUCAUAUUAACAUUUGCAGAAUGAAACUAAAAUAAAAUGAAAAUCAGUCUCAUCUUCA